AUGUUUACGGCAAAAGGGUCUAUUCUUGGUGAUUCAUUGGACGGCUUUAUACCUACAGUUCAAGGUGUGGAUAAUGCGCAACUUUUGAAACCAUUUGAGAUUGAUGAAGUGGAAAAUGCCCUAUUCUCAAUGGCACCAGACAAAUCACCAGGCCCGGAUGAAUACAGUCCGGCUUUUUAUCAACAUUUCUGGGGAGAGAUUAGUAAUGAUGUAGUUCAGUUCAUUAUUUCAUGUGCGAACAAUGAUUACUUUCCUAUGGGUCGGUUGAUCACUGACAAUGUUCUAGUUGCUUCUAAGGUGAUCCACUAUUUGAACCGCAAGAGAGAAGGGCAUGAUGGGUGGUGUGCGCUGAAGUUUGAUAUGGCUAAAGCAUAUGACAAGAUAGAAUGGUCUUUUUUAGAGACCAUUAUGCAUCGAAUGGGUUUUCACCACCGCUGGAUUAAUAUGAUCAUGUGUUGCGUCACUACUGUUAGAUAUAAAGUAGGGGUGAAUGGUGAGCUGUCUGACAUUAUUGUGCCGUCAUGUGGUUUUCACCAAGCUAGAGGUGCACCUGGUAUCUCCCACUUGUUCUUUGCGGAUGAUAGCCUAUUGUUUUUCAAAGCUACGGUUCAAGAGGUUAAAGCUAUUAACAAUUGUCUAGUUGAUUAUGAAAAGAUGUCCAGCCAAAUUGUCAAUUAUAAUAAGUCGUGUAUCGUUUUUAGCCAGAAUACCGAGGACUCUAUGCGUACGACUGUGGCUGAAGUUUUUAAUGUGAACCAAUCUGCUGCUAUUGGGCGCUAUUUGGGACUGCCAAUGGGUAUUGGACGAAACAAACGUGACGUGUUCUCCUAUAUUGAAUCAAAGUUGAUUGGUUGGCUGAGUGGUUGGAAUAAGAAGAUUCUUUCAAGAGCCGGGAAGGAAGUCCUCCUGAAAAGUGUUGCACAAGCCUUACCUACAUAUUCCAUGAGCAUAUAUUACCUCCUGGUAACGCUUUGUGAGCGAAUCGAAAGGACUACAGUCCCUAAUCUUAAUCUGGACAUGAAAGUUUGUGAACUUAUCCACCCUACCUCUCAUGAUUGGAAUAGGGAGCUGUUAAAUAAUAUGUUUACUCCACAUGAUGUUGGUUUUAUGCUUAAAAUUCCUGUGAGCAUGCAUUUUGAUGAUAAAUGGUGUUGGAGGGGUGAUAUGAGAGGUGUAUGUUCAGUGAAACAUGGGUAUAGGUCUUUGUCCACUGUGAAUGACAGCAAUGAUAGUAUAUCAUGGGGCUCAAUUUGGAGCUUAAAACUUCCACCAGCAGCCCGAAACUUCUUAUGGCGAAGUAUGCAUAAUAUUCUCCCUGUGCUAACUGUCCUGGUUGCCCGUCAAGUUGCUAUUGAGGUAUUAUGUCCUCUUUGCAGAGAUCAACCUGAGACUCUUGAUCAUUUGAUGAAGGAUUGCGUAGCUGUCGUUCCUAUUUGGCAAACCAUCCUGCUGACCAGUAAUGUUUUUGGGGAAGUGAUGACUGCAUUACAUGGAUGUAGUUUGGGGAAUGUUCCUCUAUCGGCGGACUCUCCGUCACAUGCUUGGCAGGUUGAUGACGCGGAGAAUGCGGAUGCAGUAAAGGUUUUUGUAGAUGCCGCUGUUUUCUCGAACCCGGAGUGUGCCUAUUAUGGCUACGUUGUUUUGAAUCCAAAUGGCCUUUUUGUGGCGGCUCGGAAUGGUACUCUUGGAUGCAUGAAUGAUGUUCAUUUAGCGGAAGCACUUGCGGUGAAAGAGGAUCUCUUGUGGGUCAAAGGAAGAGGUUUUACUAAAAUCAAGCUCUACUCGGAUUGUCAAACUGUUUGUUGUUUCUUAAAUGGUUCUGGGUCUGAUUGGUCAUAG